AUGGAUGCAGGGUUUGUACGACCUAGCCAAUAUCCGGACUGGGUUGCUAAUGUGGUCCUCGUCCCAAAACCAAACGGCACCGGGAGGAUGUGUGUUGACUACACCAACCUCAACAAGGCAAGUCCCAAAUACAGCUUCCCAUUGCCAAAGAUCGACCGGCUUGUCGACCCCACGGCGGGAAACAUUGAGGCUUAUAUUGAUGAUAUGAUAGUAAAGAGUAAGCAGCGGGCGGCACAUAUAGCUGAUUUGAGGGAGACAUUUGUGACGAUUCGAACUUACAACAUGAGGUUGAAUCCUAAGAAGUUCCUUUCCGGAGCCGGGGAUAAAUGUCACUACUUUUUUAAAGCAAUCAGAAAGAAGGUCAAGUUUGAAUGGUCGGAUGAGGCGGAGGCUGCACUGGUAAAAUUAAAAGAUCAUUUGCACACAUUACCCCGUCUUGUUAGCCCUUUACAGGGAGAGACUUUAUACAUGUAUCUUGCUGUAUCUGAACACUCGCUGAGUGCCGUUCUGCUGACAGAAAGGGAAGGAGUACAGAUGCCAGUGUACUUUGUGAGUCAUGUACUUCAAAACGCUAAAAUUAGAUACCCAACAGUGGAAAAGUUUGGUCUAGCCUUGUUCAUUGCCAGCAAGAAGCUCCGUCCUUAUUUCCUAGCCCACACAUUAGUGGUUUACACUGACCAACCACUUAAACUGCCUUUCACGAAGCUGGAGGCGUUAGGCCAAAUGUUGAAUUGGGCUAUUGAGUUGAAUGCCUUCGACAUCACUUAUGAACCCAGCAAGGCCGUCAAGGUGCAAGCUUGUGUAGAUUUCAUUGUUGAAAUGACGAGGCCUGUCUUUGCCAAGAAUACCAAGACGGUGUGGACACUGUAUGUGGAUGGUUCAUCCACACAGAACGGAUGUGGAGCCGGGAUAAUCUGUCCAUCGCUAGAAGGAGAUACUUUUGAGUAUGUUAUGCGGUUCAACUUUCAGGCGUCCAACAAUGAGGCCGAGUAUGAGGCCCUGCUCUGUGGCAUUAAAAUGUGUAAAGCGGCUGGCGCCGAGGAGAUCUUAGCCCUAUCUGAUUCUCAACUGAUUGUGAUCCAAGUCAAUGGAACUUACGAGGAUAGAGAUCCGACGAUGAUUAAGUAUAUGCAGGCCGUCCACCAAGAGAUGGAGCAACUGAAAAGCUUUGAAGUAAAGCAAGUCCCUCGUUCUGAAAACAAUCCAGCCCAUGCAUUGUCAAAAUUGGCCAGCUCUGCAUCCUGUGAUACCCCUCGUCACGUGUUCUAG